AUGUCCGGAACCACUUCGUCGAGAAUGCCUGAUGGCGCUGGGCAACGGAUGGUAUCGACGCCCGAUGUCAGGCUCGCAACACUAAUGGAUAUGACGCAUUUGACCCCUACCAAAAGUGCAUUCGAUGCCAAAUAUGAUACUUACCAGAACCCGCUCAAUUCAAGAUAUUGCAGUCAACGCAUGAAGUACAUCUUUUCGCCACGCAACCGUUUCAGCACUUGGCGCGAACUCUGGAUCUUCCUUGCCGAAUCCGAACGCGAAUUGGGUCUGGAGGGUAUCACAACUGAAGCAAUUCAGCAGCUGAAAGACCACGCGCUCAUUCAGGACCACGAAUUCGAAACCGCCGCUAUCGAGGAGAAACGGAGACGGCACGAUGUCAUGGCUCACGUGCAUACGUACGGUCUUGCGGCUCCGGCAGCGGCGGGGAUAAUUCACUGGGGUGCUACUUCUUGCUACGUGACAGACAAUGCAGACCUGAUCUUUAUGCGCGAUGCGCUUGACGAACUAUUACCGAAGCUCGCAGCUGUCAUCCAACGCUUCAGCGCAUUCGCCAAAGAAUACCGCAGUGUGCCCUGUUUGGGCUACACCCACGGUCAAGCCGCCCAAAUGGUGACAGUAGGCAAGCGAGCCACCAUCUGGAUCGAAGACCUUCUCGACGACCUUCACAACCUCGAACACGCUCGCGAAAGGCUCCUCGGCAAGUUCCGCGGCGUCAAAGGCACGACCGGCACACAAGCCUCCUUCCUUGCCAUCUUCCAAGACGACCAUGACAAGGUAAAGCAACUCGAUCGAUUGGUGACGAAGAAGGCCGGGUUCAACGGCGCAUCUCUCAGUACGACCCAGACGUACUCACGGAAGAUCGACGUUGACAUCGUUCAUGCGUUGUCGUCUUUCGGCUGUACUUGCGAACGCAUCGGCGGCGACAUACGCCAUCUUGCCAUGUUCAAGGAGCUGGAGGAGCCUUUCGAGCAGGACCAAAUCGGGUCGAGUGCGAUGGCAUACAAGCGGAACCCGAUGCGGUCGGAGCGGCUCUGUUCGAUUGGGCGAAUGCUCUCGAGUUUCAGUGCAGAGGCGGAGCAAACGUACAAGAGUCAGUGGUUGGAGAGGAGUCUGGACGAUUCGGCGAUACGAAGGAUCGUGCUGCCGGAGAGUUUCUUGUGCGCGGAUGCUUGCUUGAUCUUGCUCAACAAUGUCUCUUCGGGCCUGGUUGUCAACGAAGCUGUAAUUAGACAGCGGAUAGACCUAGAGUUGCCGUUCAUGGCAACGGAGAACAUCAUCAUGGAGAUGGUCACCAAAGGCCACUCAAGGCAGGAUGCGCAUGAGAAGAUUCGCGUACUGUCACACCAAGCCGGCGCUGUCGUCAAGCAAGAAGGCAAAGCUAACGAUCUCAUCGAGCGGAUACGAAACGAUGACUUCUUCAAACCCAUUCUUGACGAUCUGAAGCGCCUGAUGGAGCCUGAAACGUUCAUUGGAAGGUCGCCGCAGAUUGUGGAUGAGGUGCUGGAGAUUGACGUCAAGCCUGCCCUUGCGAAGUAUGAGGAGAAAUUGGGUGUUGUGGGCGACGCCGAACUGAAUGUGUAA